CACCUUUAACGUUGGUUUACGGACCGCCAUUAUAUCACAGAAGAACAAGUUAUUCAGUCUGUCAGCUAAACAGUUUUAGGUAGAUAGCAAUCAAACUGGUAACUAGACUUUGUCUUUAUUCAACAUCGACAAGACGUGGCAUCAUUUUGAUGUUCCGGAGUCCACAAUGACAGCAGGUCCAGAAUACCGCUCCGUGUUCGAGUACUGUUUUCAAGACUCUGCUCUACAGGAGGUCCGAGAAGUUACCAGCGUUCAUGAGCCUCCUGUACACACCAAGAAUCCAUCACACAGUCAUGGAGUGGUCGUGUGCCCCAGGGACGAUGAUGAACAGCCAGAGCGGGAGAGCAGCCUGGGUAGAGAUGUGUCUGACAGGAUGGUGUGCUCGGCCUGCCACUGUCCCUUCCACACCCGGGAGGAGCAGAUGGAGCACUACAAGCUUGACUGGCACCGUUUCAACCUGAGGCAGAGACGAUCUGGUCAAACACCUGCCACAGUGGAGGAGUUUGAGAGGAAGACCGGUGUAGGAGACAUGUCAAGCAUCUCAGGUUCUGACUCGGAGGACGAGGAACCAGACAGCGACUGGGUUGUGGACAACACUGAGGUCGCUCCUCUACAGAAGGAUGACGGUGUUCUGGAAGCGGAAUCCUUCGGUCGCCUCGGUAACCGGGUCGUGUUCCAGAACUCUCAGGGCCAGUACCUGGCUGUCUACCGCUGUGUUCUGCGGAGCAAGUCUGCCAUAGAGGAAGACCUGGUGACCUCUCUACAAAGUCUCAGUAACAAGACUAUGUGGGUCAUUCUGAUGGCAGGUGGCGGACACUUCGCUGGAGCUGUGUUUCAAGGGAGAGAGGUGUUGCAGCACAAGACGUUCCAUCGGUACACUGUGAGAGCCAAGCGGGGGACAGCCCAGGGCCUGAGAGAUGCUAAGAACAGCAGUCAUGCUCCUAAAUCAGCGGGAGCUGCCCUGAGGCGAUACAACGAGGCUGCACUAGUCAAGGAGAUCCAAGACUUACUGGAGAGCUGGUCUGACCACCUGACUGAAGCCAGUGCCAUCUUCCUGCGUGCACCCAGUCAUAAUAAAACCAUGUUCUUGUGGGGUAAGGCAGCUCCGCUGGACAAGAAGGACCCUCGGAUCAGAACGCUGCCCUUCCCCACACGCAGAGCCACCUUCAGCGAGAUAAAGAGAGUCCACGAUGUCCUCUCCACUCUAAAUGUAUAUGGUAAAGACACUGACAUCUCCAACAUCCUGAGUCCCUCUAACAAAGUAUGGAAGAAGGUACGAACACCUGGGGCUCAGCCAGAACCUUACCAGGAGACGACAGCACCCCUAGUGGAGGAGGAGGAGGAGCAGAGUUCAGGAGAGGAGCUGGAGCUAGAGACGGUGGAGGUGACCCUGGGAACCCUGGACCUCCGGGAGCAUGAGAUCUACCCUGCCAGGAGGAAGAAGAAGAAGGAGAGACGCAGAACAGAGGACAGAGGUGUAAGUAACAGGGAAGCUGUGCAGACUCCUGCUGCUCCUGAAGACACUAACCAGGAGAGAGGAGGAGAGGGAGGAGGAGAGGGAGGAGGAGAGAGAGGAGGAGAGAGAGGAGGAGAGAGAGGAGGAGAGAGAGGAGGAGAGAGAGGAGGAGAGAGAGGAGGAGAGGGAGGAGGAGAGGGAGGAGGAGAGAGAGGAGGAGAGAGAGGAGGAGAGAGAGGAGGAGAGGGAGGAGGAGAGAGAGGAGGAGGAGAGAGAAACCGGGGAAGGAGGAAACCCAAGGGGAAGAAGACAAUACAACAUGAAGAGGAGGAGCCUGAUGAGUCCUGGGACUACGGCCUGAGGGAUGCUCUCUACACCGCCUGUAAAACUGGAGACCUGGACACCCUCAUCAGACUGUUACCAGGGAGGAGGGGAGAGGAGGAGGACCGGGGAGAGGAGGGUGGACAGAGGGAGGAGCAGGGUGCAAAGCCAGAGGGAGAGAAGAAUCGGGGAGAGGUGGAGGAGAGCUGCUCUUCCCAGGCCCCUGCAGCCCAGGCCCCUGCAGCCCUGAGUCCACUAGCCCAGGCCCCUGCAGCCCAGGCCCCUGCAGCCCAGGCCCCUGCAGCCCAGGCCCCUGCAGCCCUGAGUCCACUAGCCCAGGCCCCUGCAGCCCAGGCCCCUGCAGCCCAGGCCCCUGCAGCCCAGGCCCCUGCAGCCCAGGCCCCUGCAGCCCAGGCCCCUGCAGCCCAGGCCCCUGCAGCCCUGAGUCCACUAGCCCAGGCCCCUGCAGCCCAGGCCCCUGCAGCCCUGAGUCCACUAGCCCAGGCCCCUGCAGCCCAGGCCCCUGCAGCCCUGAGUCCACUAGCCCAGGCCCCUGCAGCCCAGGCCCCUGCAGCCCAGGCCCCUGCAGCCCAGGACCCUGCAGCCCUGAGUCCACUAGCUCUACUCAACCAGCCCAUCGACUCCUCAGGCUUCACUCUGCUUCAUGUGGCCUCAGCAGCAGGACAGAAAGCAGUGGUCAAGCUGCUGAUGGACAAAGGCAGUGACCCGGCCUGCAAAGAUCAAACAGGCCAGACUCCCUACAUUGUUGCUCCAGACAAGGAUACUAGAAACGUGUUUAGGAAGUACAUGGCUGAUCACCCUGACAGAUACAACUACAGCAGGGCUCUGGUUCCUGGGCCGCUGACGGCGGAGUUGGAGUCCAAGAAAACGGAGAAGAAAAAGGCUCAGAAAGCAGCUCAGAAAACGAGGGAGAAAGCGCAGAAAGAACAGAGGAAGCAACUAGAGAUGGAAGCUGAGGAGAAGAAAAGAUUUGCCUCCUUAAGCGACCGAGAGAAGAGAGCACAGGCUGCAGAGAAGAGGUUGGCAGAGCAUAAGGCAUCAGCAGGGGGAGAUCUUUCAAACACCAGGCGGUGUUGGCAGUGUGGGGAGUCCCUGGUGGGAAAGGUCCCGUUUCAAUACCUAGACUUCAGCUUCUGCACCCCUCGCUGUGUCCAGGAGCACCGAAAGGCUAAUGUGGCUAACAGGAGCAAAGCAGCGAACUGACUGUCAUGUUGCUACCGCCACCACCCUACCAUACUGUUGCCACUUCACUAUAGAAGCCUCAGGCCUACUAAUCUGUUAGUUGGUGGGCCCAGAGCCCUAACUGAACCAAGCCACAGGGCCCAGAGCCCGCAGACCCAACUGAACCAAGCCACAGGGCCCAGAGCCCGAACUGAACCAAGCCACAGGGCCCAGAGCCCGCAGACCCAACUGAACCAAGCCACAGGGCCCAGAGCACGCAGACCCAGAGAUACCUAAGUCAAUCUGCAGGGCCCAGUGAUCUUGCCCGUCUGAUAGGAACAAAAAUGCAUAGAAAUAGAAUGAAUAGAACAGACAAAUGAUUGACUUGAAUGGGGACUCCGGUUCUAAUCGUUAUAUUUCUAUGCAUUUAAUCCUAAUCAAAUAGGACCCGGUGUCUCAAGAUGAGCGGGCUUGUUACGGCUGGAUCCAGUUUAACUCGGGACGAUCUGAGUUGUAGCGCCGUUGGAAAUCUAAAGGUCAUUGAGCCGACAUGCAGCGUUUACCGUGGAAGCUGUCCAGGUCUGAUCCCGGGUUAACUGGUGUCAGAUUAAAUCAUUCUGUUGGCUCCUCCAGGUCUGAACCCGGGUCAACUGGUGUCAGAUUAAAUCAUUCUGAUGGCUCCUCCAGGUCUGAACCCGGGUCAACUGGUGUCAGAUUAAAUCAUUCUGUUGGCUCCUCCAGGUCUGAACCCGGGUCAACUGGUAUCAUUCUGAUGGUUCCUCCAGGUCUGAACCCGGGUCAACUGGUGUCAGAUUAAAUCAUUCUGUUGGUUCCUCCAGGUCUGAACCCGGGUCAACUGGUAUCAUUCUGUUGGUUCCUCCAGGUCUGAACCCGGGUCAACUGGUAUCAUUCUGUUGGUUCCUCCAGGUCUGAACCCGGGUCAACUGGUGUCAGAUUAAAUCAUUCUGCUGGCUCCUCCAGGUCUGAACCCGGGUCAACUGGUAUCAUUCUGUUGGUUCCUCCAGGUCUGAACCCGGGUCAACUGGUGUCAGAUUAAAUCAUUCUGUUGGCUCCUCCAGGUCUGAACCCGGGUCAACUGGUGUCAGAUUAAAUCAUUCUGAUGGCUCCUCCAGGUCUGAACCCGGGUCAACUGGUGUCAGAUUAAAUCAUUCUGCUGGUUCCUCCAGGUCUGAACCCGGGUCAACUGGUAUCAUUCUGUUGGUUCCUCCAGGUCUGAACCCGGGUCAACUGGUAUCAGAUGAAAUCAUUCUGUUGGUGUCAAAUGGAAUAAUAAUAAUAAUAAUAAACAAUAUUAAUUCAACUGUAUGUGUGAUGAUGAAAUACUGUUUAUUAAUGUACACUGUUUUUUUUUUGGGGGGGGGAAAUUGAUUUAUUAAAAGGUAUAAAGUACCACAGCAA